CACACAUUCGCAUUUCAAAAAAAUAUUCAAAAACUUUGAUUGAUUUCACAUUUCUCUAAUCUCUAUCAUAUCAUAGCUGUAAAAAUCACAUAGAUAAGACUUUAGUUAUAGACACCAUAACCCCCCACUCCCACCUUUGAAAGUAAUGGCUUUUGCCUCUCAAACUCUUUUGAUUUUCCACCACCUUCUCUUUAUUCUCUCAUCAAAUCUCAUUUCAAUUUCAAAGCCUCACUCCUUAUCUCUCACAGAACGCACCUGAGAAAAAAAAAAAAAAAGUAAAACCCCAAAGCUCUUUCAAUUAUGGGAUAUUUCUCAUGCAAUGCAGAGUCAGCAAUAGCCACAUGCGAUCCCCACAAUUGGGAUCUCAGCAAAAACAGAAGAAAACCAAAAACCCAGAAGUACAAAACCAAUAAUAACAACAACCACAACAACAACAGAAAAAUCAGAGAGUUUUAUUACAACGAACUUGUCGCCGCAACAAACGGUUUCUCCGCCGAGUUUUUCUUAGGCAAAGGCAGUCACGGCAGUGUCUACAAGGCCGUCCUCGACGAUGGGAAGCUCAUCGCCGCCGUUAAAAAAACAAAGCUACAUAACUCAUCAACGACAACGAAUAGAAGAUUCCAAAACCAACAGAGUAGUAACUGUACCAACUGUAAUAACUGUACAAGCCCAGCGGAGAACGAGAUUGAGAUUCUAUCCAGAGUACACCACCCUCGGCUUGUGAAUCUAUUGGGCUUUUCUUCUGACUCCCUAAACGACAACAAGCUCAUUGUCGUUGAGUACAUGCCUAACGGUUCGUUAUAUGAGAUAUUGCAUUCAAGUUCAACUUCGAGGCCACCCGGGUGGACUCGUCGGGUCAGGUUCGCGGUUCAAAUAGCGAAAGCGGUUCAAGUACUACACUCGGCGAAUCCGCCUGUUAUUCACCGAGAUAUCAAGUCGUCGAACGUGUUGAUCGACGAGAAAGGGAACGCGAGGCUCGGGGAUUUCGGUUUGGCCCUGAGGGGACACGUGGAAGACGUGCGGGUGAAGUGUACGCCUCCGGCGGGUACGUUGGGGUAUUUGGAUCCGAAUUAUCUCGCUCCGUCGGAUCUGAGUUCGAAGAGCGAUGUUUUCAGCUUCGGGAUCUUGCUCUUGGAGAUCAUCAGCGGGAGGCACGCGAUUGAUGUGAAUUACAGCCCGCCGUCGGUGGUGGAUUGGGCGGUUCCGUUGAUUAAGCGAGGAGAUUUCGCCGGAAUUUGUGACGUUCGGGUCGGAUCUCCGCCGAAUCCGGUGGUGAUUAAAAACAUGGCGGUUCUGGCCGCGCGAUGCGUUAGAUCGACGGCGGAGAAGCGUCCGGCGAUGAGUGAAGUGGUGGAGUGUUUGAAACUCGUAGCCAAAAAAGCUCACGCGCCGCCGAUUUGGAAUAACCUGAAACGGCGGGUGGGGCGCGUGGAGGAAUCUCGGCCGUUGAUGAAGUGGGAAGCGUAUGAUCGUAGUGAAGAGGUUGAUAAUGUUAAUGUUAAUGCCAAUACGAAACUUGGAAGCAGGAGGAAUAGGAAAGUAUCCAGUGUCUCGAGUGCAGAGUAUGGAAAUGAAGGGAUUUACGAAGGGAUUUUGUUGCGACGAAGAAACGUGACUAAAAGUGUACACAUGCCGUCGUUACAAUGGACACAAUACGCUGGAGUACUAGAUCCAAUCUUUACCACGAAUGAAACUAUCGGUGAUCGAAUGGUUAGAUCGAGAUCUGUCGGUCAUUUUAGCGAAAUAAAAGUGGGGUCGGAUUCGAAUGUGGGAGCCACUCGAUCUUUGUUAGCUAGGAGGAAGCCUGGGGUGGCAGUGAAAAUGCCAACGGUAAGGUUAAGCAAGUCGAGGUCUAUGGGAGUGUUACAUAGUCCACGUUUAGUACACUACAAUAAUAAAGGGUAUGUGGUUGAAUUUGAAGGGAAAUCGAAUUCAACAACAGGAUUCGAUACGUCCAAGAUGGUGAUUAGUUUGGACGAGAAGUCUGAAAAGGAAAUGCUUGAAAGACCAUUGGUUUCAAUUUAAUGCAUUUGGAUUGUUCUGAAUUAGCAAGUUCAAACCUUGGUAAUUUAAGGGUCAAAUCAAUACAAAGUGUGUCAAUUGUUUUAAACA